UAUUAUUAAAUAACAAUAAAAAAAGUUUAUUUCUGAGUGUUUAAUGAUUGCUGUUCUUCUUUCUUUUGUUGGUUUGUUGAGAGUAAUUCCCCAGCUAAAACUGAGCAUGAUAAAUUUUUCAGUUUGCUUCUGAAGAAGCUCACCCAACUCCUCAUUUGCUUCAUUUGUGUGGAAAGGAACUUCAUUUCUGCCUCACAAGGUUCCUUUGCGAUACUAAUGGCAAAGACAGGAUACAAACUACAGGAAUUUGUGGCUCAUUCAGGGAAUGUAAACUGUUUAAAAAUUGGAAGGAAGGCGAGCCGUCUUUUUGUUACAGGAGGGGAUGAUCACAAUGUCAAUCUAUGGAUGAUUGGAAAAGCAACCUCUUUGAUGAGUUUGUGUGGUCACACUAGUACAGUAGAAUCUGUGACUUUUGACUCGGCAGAAGUUUUGGUUCUUUCUGGAGCAUCAUCAGGGGUUAUAAAGCUUUGGGAUUUGCAGGAAGCCAAGAUGCUUCGCACUCUCACCGGACACAGAUCUAAUUGCACUGCUGUUGAGUUUCAUCCCUUUGGAGAAUUUUUUGCAUCAGGCUCCUCAGACACUAAUCUAAAUAUUUGGGAUAUCCGAAAAAAAGGAUGUAUUCAUACAUACAAGGGCCACACGCAGGGCAUUAGUACUAUCAAAUUCAGUCCAGAUGGUCGUUGGGUUGUUUCUGGUGGAUUUGAUAAUGUUGUGAAGGUCUGGGAUCUAACAGGUGGAAAGCUCUUGCAUGACUUCAAGUUCCAUGAAGGACACAUUAGGUCCCUAGACUUCCAUCCUCUUGAGUUUCUUCUGGCUACAGGUUCGGCAGACAGAACGGUGAAAUUUUGGGAUUUAGAAACCUUUGAACUGAUUGGAUCCAGUAGACAUGAGGUUUCAGGUGUACGCUCACUAACUUUUCAUCCGGAUGGACGGACCCUAUUUGCUGGACUUGAGGAUAGUUUGAAGGUGUAUUCAUGGGAACCUGUCAUAUGCCAUGAUGCUGUUGACAUGGGAUGGACAACACUUGGUGACUUAUGUAUUCACGAUGAAAAGCUUUUGGGUUGCUCAUUCUACAGUAAUUCUGUUGGAAUAUGGGUUUCGGAUAUUUCGCUUAUCAAGCCAUAUGGUGAUGGCUUGGAAACUGAGAACAAAAAAAGCACAGAGCAGAAGCUCAGUCUCCAGGGAAGACAAAUGGAGAAAGUAGAAUAUGGUGUGAACAACGAGUCAAAAGAGAUAAAGAAUAUAUAUAUAGACUCUUCUGAAGGGAAUCCUGAUAACUUACUAAGAUCCAGGUCUUAUAAUUCUCCAAAAAUGGACCAUCCUGAGGAAUCUAAAGAAAUGUUAAACUUGAGUUCUGCAACAGGAAUUCGAGAAAAAUCAAAUGUACAAACUCUUAGAAAGUCUUCCAUUGUGUCAAACGUUGUACCUCUGGAUAUUCCCAAUGAUAUUGAUUCUAGAGAAUUUGUUGACACUAUAAGCAACUCUGUUAGUGCAACAGAUCCUAACUUUGAAAUGAAGCUUGGAUCCCAUAAUGAAGUCAGAGACUCCAUUGAUGAUAAACAUCCCAUUAAGAGUGUCGCAGAGAAGUUUGAAAAAACUUUAAGACCAGAUAGAUUUUCUGAACAAAAGAAAUUUGCUGUUGUACAAGGAAGGACACGUUCUUUGGUUGAGAGGUUUGAAAGAAAGGAAAUAACUCCAAUCAAGGAAGAUCAAGAUAAUGCAACUCCCACGACAACAUUUGAAAAUAGGGAAAAUUUUCUCAAAGAAGAUCAAACUAGUGCAUCCCCCAACACUACCACCUCAACAUCUGAAAAGGGGGAAAUAAUUCGUUUCAGCGAAGAUAGAAACAAUGUGCUCCCUGUUCCUAACACAACUAGUGAAACUGAUAAGCAUACUGACUUCAUGAAAGCAGAGUUUGGAAGGGAUUCAAAUUCUGCAAAUGAUGGAGAAAUAAUUGAAGAUCUGUUGCAAACUCAUGAUGUAACAUUAAGCAAUCUCCGAUCACGUUUGACAAAAUUACAGGUAGUGCGACAUUUUUGGGAGCGCAAUGAUACUAAAGGUGCCAUCAAUGCUUUGGAAAAGUUGCCUGAUCAAUAUGUUCAAGCUGAUGUUAUCAGUGUCCUUGUUGAGAAGAUGGAGAUUCUCACCUUAGAUUUAUUUUCUUGCUUACUUCCUGUGCUCACAGGUUUGCUGGAUAGCAAGACAGAAAGACAUGUGAAGGUGUCAUUGGAUAUGCUGUUGAAGCUUGUUGUUGUUUUCGGUCCAACAAUACGUUCAACUAUUUCAGCUCCUCCCUCUGUUGGGGUUGAUCUACAUGCGGGACAAAGACGAGAAUGCUCCAAUCAAUGCUUCAUGCAACUGCAAAAGAUCCGAAUGAUUCUUCCAGUAUUAGUAAGGAGGGGUGGCGUAUUGGCCAAGUCUGCUCAAGAGCUAAAUUUAGUUCUUCAACAACCUUAACUAAGGUGCUGCUAUAUGAACUUCAACCAACAUAUGAAUGAUUGAUUUGGCUUAACAUAAUAAUCAUUAGCUGGACUGUGUACAAAACAUGAAAGUGGUGAUUGUCAUCAGAUACUUUUAGUGGCAAAAGAAAUGUGUGAGAUAUCUGAAUAAAUUGUUUGACCUUGUGUUUAGAUGCUUGAAGGUGGAAGUGAAGCAGUCAUCUAAGUAAUUUGUUCUUCAACCCUGCUCUAGCUUUUUGUUCCUAACAUGUGCUGGUCUUCACCUUUAUGUUUUGUUUCUGAACUGGGUUUUGAUGCACCUUGGCAUGGACUAGUGCAAAAUGAGUACAUGUAUCAGUCUUCUGUAUUUAGUAGCUGUGGAAAAUUCCUUAUAUAUGCAAUA